AGCAAAAUAUCAGCUGGAAAAAUGGCAGGCCAGGAAGAUCCUGUUCAGAGAGAGAUUCACCAAGACUGGGCAAAUCGAGAAUAUAUCGAAGUUAUUACAAGCAGCAUUAAGAAAAUCGCGGAUUUUCUUAACUCGUUUGAUAUGUCAUGUCGGUCUCGCUUGGCCACUCUCAAUGAAAAGCUCACAGCUUUGGAAAGGAGGAUUGAGUACAUAGAGGCCAGAGUCACCAAGGGUGAAACAUUGACCUAAAUUAGGAUGACCAGACUGCAGAAGCCCUGUCUCGGAAGUCCUCCUAUAUUCCAUCAGUUUUUUUGAAAGUCUGUUAACCAUACCUCACACAUCACAUUAUGUGUAUCUAUCCACCAAUAACAGUUGAAAAUGUCAGUUAGUGGCAUUCCAUUUUUCCUACUAAUAAUGACUGGAAGUUGUUGUUUGAGCCUUUUUGUAAAGUAAGAGGCCUAUCCAUAAAUGGCCAGACGGACUGUCCCUUUUGUGCAUCUUCACUGUAAAUGCCAACUCAUUUGGAUCCUGUGGACAUUUUAUUUUUAUGUUACUGCUCAAUUUUGAACUUCAAACUAUAAUAGGCUACUGUAAUCAUGCAAUGACACCAAAUUUAAUAAAUCUGCCCGUUUUUGUAUUUUGAGUUAUAACAAACAGAUUGGCAUCUCUAGGAUCACCCUAUUCUUCCCUAAUGCAUUGCUUUACAAAUAAUAGGCGAAAUUGAAUUGACUGCCCUGAGACGAUCUCCAUGUCCAUGCUGUCUAUAUUGCAUAUGGAUGUCUGCCCUCACGAGUGUUCUUUGUUGUUGAGCAUGUCAUGCCACAGAAGAGAUGGCAAAGUGCUUUGUUUGCUUGUGGUAAUUGUCUGUCAUUUUUACUUUGGUUUGUGUAUGCAAUGGAAUUUGAUUUCACAUUUGUAUUAAAAAAAAAUACUUAAAAGGAAGUUGAAAAUCA